AAUACAUACCUAGUUUCCGUUGAUUAAAAAUGGAAACCAUGCCCCCUGGAAUGGAAAAGUUUAACAGUCACUGUUGUAAUUGACAGUACUUGGACUGUAGAUGGAGGUCUACUCCUGCUUUCUGCAGGACAGUCCAGCGCCAUCUGUUACUGGCACUGAAAUGGUUAAACUGGUGGAGUUGACUCGCUUUCUGUCGUUGUUGUGGGGGAAAACAGCGGCAACGCGGGGAUGCUGAGCGGAGGGGUUUUCUGAUUGCCCGUCGGUGUUCAAUGACAUGAGCAGAUUUGCUAAAACACCAAAUUAUGGCAGGGAACCUCAGCUGCUAUGAGUCUCUAGAUACUCCUGCCGCCGCUUAGAAAACACUUAUUGUUAAGCAAAUUCUUUGUAACCGUGAGCUGCAAUAAUGCGAGGGGCGGACAGCAGCAGCAGGUCUGCCGUGAUUGUGCUCUGCCUGCUGGGAUGCGAUUUAUGGACGGCGGUCGCCAAAACACUGCAGGAGAACAGCGAUACCAAAGAAGUGGCUCUGAAGGUUCACCUGAGUGACACUAGCACUCAUCAGCCUCUCGCUGGUGUCACCGUGGAGAUCUUCACUAACCACAUCCCUGUUGCCUCGGAUAUCUCUGGUGCCGACGGCAAUGCCUUUAUCAGGUUCCCCUAUCGCCUUGGCGACCUUCUUGUAGUGACUGCAACCAAGCGUGGCUACGUACCCAACUCCAUUCCAUGGCGACCAAUCAGGCUUCCUGUCUUUUCAUCUCUCAGUCUGGAUCUGCUUCCUGAGAGGGCUGCUACUCUGAUGGUGUACGAUGAUGUGGUGCAGAUCGUCUCUGGAUAUCAAGGUUCAAAGCUGCAGCCAUGGGUUCAGUUCCAGAGAAGAGCAUUGAGUCUUCCUUCUAAUGCAACCUACACCAACCUGACCGCCUUCUUAACUGUGAGCAGUUCAACACAAGACACACAGUACUUCCCUUACCUUCAGGGACUUCAUCCCAAUUACACAGGCAGUGAUUGGAAGUUCGAGUUGACUCCUGUAGCUGCUAUAAGUGUCCAUCUUUUGGGAAGCGAUGGGGCGGAGCUUCAUGUUAGCGAGCCAAUCAGUGUGAGCAUCCCUCUUCCUGCAAACAGUGGCUUGAAAGAGAAUGAUCACAUCCCCGCCUGGAGAUUUGACCCUAAACUGGGGGCCUGGUUGAAGAGCAGUCUGGGAUACGUCCAGAGAGAGGGGAAGCAGUUAACUCUAACAUAUAUUGCUCCUCAGCUUGGCUAUUGGGUUGCAGCCAUGUCUCCCAUAAACACAGGUCCAGUGGUGGCGAAGGACAUUAGCACUUAUCACACAGUCUUCCUGCUGGCCAUACUAGGAGGCAUGGCACUGAUACUGCUCCUCCUGCUCUGUCUGCUGCUCUACUAUUGCAGGAGGAAGUGUGCCCGCUUGCGCCCUGCCCACAGGAAGUUCACUCUAUCCUCAGCUUUAGAUGCCUCUAAACGAGACCAGGCUACUUCCAUGUCACACCUGAACCUCAUCAGUGAGCCUCACCUAGACCACAAUGGGGCAGAGCCAGACAUGCACACGCCUAUGCUCAAACCCACCCCCUACGAUUCCUCCACCAAUGAGCUUGCAGCUUCAAAGGGCGAGCUCCAUAGCCGAGGACCUAAUCACUACAAACACUCAGUAGAGAGAUUUCCGCUCAGAUCGGUUUGUUCAAACAAUCCUUCCGAGGGUUAUGAUUCACCGGCGGGAUGUGCAGAGUACCGGCGGAGCUAUACUUCUAUCGUGACUUCAUCGGUCCAUCCCCUCCACAUGUCCAUCUCGUCCUCGUCCCCCCGCCCAUUGCUUCACACCACCUCUGCAGGACGACUCUCUUCUGAGAGUAAAUCAGGCUUGCGUGAUAACCAUCUCUCUCCUGUUUCACCCACAUCCACAAGUCCUGCCGGAUCCCCAGAGCGGGAGCAAGGAAUCGAGCGGCGGCCAGCCGACUACAUGCUGUCCCGCUCAGUAGACCAUCUGGAGCGUCCUGCCCCGCUUCCCCGACCUGGAGCCCUGCUCUGCUGCACCUCCGAAUUGCAAGUCAACCAAGGUGAAGAGAUCUACCGCAAGGCUCGUCCCACCCUCGUCAUCCCUGCCCACUACAUGCGACUUCCAGGGAUACACCCUCUGUCAGGCCAAGCGCUUCUUUUGCAGUCAGAUGAACAGAGUGAAUUGGAAACCAUUCAGGCGGAACUCAGUGCAUGCCAUCAACCCCAAGGCCAAGUCCUGCAACCAUGGGGCAAAGGAGAGCAGGAAGCGGGGACGCAAGGGACAGGGGACGACCGAGGUGGAAGAGUUGAGGAGUGGACGUUGCAGACGGCCGCUCUUUCUGCUGAUCUCUCCAUCCCAAACUCACUCAGUCAAACAAGCCUGGAUGUGGUGCAGAUGAACGGAGAAGAUCAGCUUCUGGCCGAAAAGACUUUGAUGGAGCUCAGGGGAGGAAAGCCGCUCCCGCAUCCCAGAGCUUGGUUUGUGUCACUGGAUGGCCGCUCCAAUGCCCACAUCCGCCAUUCGUACAUCGACCUGCAGAGGGCAGGAUGCAACAGCAGUUGUGUCGGAAGCAACGACGCCAGUCUGGACUCUGGGGUGGAUAUGAGUGACAUCACACCGGGCCGACGUUUUCGUAAAAAAGUCAGGGGUAAAACUGAAGUUGAGGCUCAGUCUGCAGUGCCUGUGGUCGGAUAUACACCACUAGUGAUUGUAGAGGACUCAAAUGCAAAUGCAGAGCACAGCGGUAGCCCAACACCAGUCUGCAGCCCUGAAGAACACUCUCUAGGUGGGUUAUUACAGGAUACCGAAAGGGAAGAGGAAGACGAAGGGACUUUGUCUCCCCCGUCGCCUCUACCUGAGCUUCCUUCACCGCCUCCUCUCCCUGAGCCUGUGGUUGAAAUGGUGGAGGAGACGGGGACAGAGAGUGAUGUUUUCAGGACUGAGGAGACUGAAAUGCACAUGAACAGUAGCCGGCCAGAUAACUUGGUUGUCCCUGAUGAUGGUAGUGGUGAAGACGAGAACAAGAAGAGUCCAUGGCAAAAACGAGAGGAGCGACCACUACUGGCCUUUAACUUAAAAUAGCAGUCUUUCAAAAGGAUAGUUCUUCAAAACAAAUAAAAUUCUGUUAUCAUUUACUCAUCUCGUUCCAUACCUGUAUGGCUUUCUUCUGUGGACACAAUUGAAAAUGUCUUUUUGUCCUUACAGUCAAAAACAAGAAUUGGAUCCCAUUGACUCUCAUUGUAUGGACCAAACAGUUGAAUCAUUCUUCAAAAUAUUGUACUUUCUCUUGGAGAAUAUAAAAGACGUCAUACAGGUGUGGAAUGCCAUGUGGGUGAGUAAAUGCUGACAGAAGAAGACUCAUUUUUAGGUGAACUGUCCCUUUAAAGGGAUAGUUCAACCAAAAAUGAAAAUUUGAUGUUCGUCUGCUUACCCCCAGGACAUCCACGAUGUAGGUGACUUUUAAACACUUGUCUGAUGUUAUAAAGUGAAUUUAAAGUUAAAACGUUAUUAAAUGUGGUAUUUUUGUGUGCUCUCAGACUGAGUAGCAUUUACUACACAGAUCCAUAGUUCACUGAGAGGAUACACAAACAGCUGUCAUUAUCGCGAAAGAUUUCGUCGAUUUCAUAAUCCUGCAAUUAUAUCGUUUGCGAUUACAAACGCAAUUUUGCAUAGCUUGUCAGAGAACUGAAAAUCGCAUUUAAACCCUUAUUAAACCUCCUGAUGAUCGGUCUUUGCAAGAUGAACAAUAUUUAUAUCGUUUUUUUUUUACCUCUGAUUCAAGGAAUGUCCUAACUGUUAGAACUCUCCUGAGCGAGUCCUCCUAUGUGCUUGCUCAGCAGUAGGCAAGUGAGGCAUCUUCUUCUUGCUUUAUGGUGGAUCACAGACUUAUUAAAGUGCAAGUAAAAAUGCAUUACCGCCGCCUAUCUCUUAAAUGGACCAUUGACACUCCUAAUAGAGAUUAGAUAGAGUGCCAGGGGUCCAUUUGAGAGAUAGGUGGCGGUAAUGCACUUAUAAGUCUGCAAUCCAUCAUAAAGCAAGAAGAAGAAGCCUCCUCUCCUCACACAUCUUCUUGAGAACACGCACAGGAGGACGUGCUCAGGAGAGUUCUAACAGUUCAGACAUUGUGUGAAUCAGAGGUGCAAAAACGAUGUAAAGACUGUUCAGUUUCUUGCACAGACCGAUCGGUUUGUGUCUUUACACAUCAAUGUAUCGUCACGAGCCACAGGUUUUAAUUAGAUUUUGUUUGUGUAUGUUUUUGUUGUUUUAUUGUAUGUUUUAGCCGUGAUUCCCAUCCACUUAUAUUAUAAAAGUGAUAGAUUGCAAAAAAAUCUUGGUUUGUAUUCUACUGAAGAAACAAAGUCCCCUAAAUCUUGGAUCCAGGUAAGCAGACAAACGUCAAGCUUUCAUUUUUGGGUGAACUAUCCCUUUAAGUGCUUCCCUCAUGGUCUCUAGCUGGACUAUAGAAUGGAGUUGCCUUAUGAGCGCAGGUCUGUGCGUGGCUGUUUGCCUGUGGCAAUGAAAGCCAAGAAAGCCAUAGCACAAAUUAAUAUUGGAGCAGCUCUGAAGUUUUCAAGACAAUUAAAAAAAAAAAUGCCAUUAAAUACCAAUCUAAUGCACAUCUGCUAUGGCUUUGCUGACAUACACUUUGAGCAAAAAUAUUGCAAGCCAUUGUAUUGAAGGUGAAAUGUUGUUUAAGCUUUAUAAGAUGCUGCUGUUUUUAAGCAAUAUGACAUCUAGUGGCAACACGUGUACACUGCAACUAUACCACUAAGUGUUUCCCAGCACUUAUUUUUGAACAUUUUAUGGGAUAACUAAAGGAAUGUCUUCCUCAUAUUGAUUGGUUAUAAAACACAUAAAACCACUAUAAUGGGAUCAACAGUCUAAAUCUCACCCGUUUUCAGUUGUAUUGGUACGAUGAAUGCACCAUUUGUUCUUGUUAAUCAGUCACUUUGGUGUUGAGCACAGGUUUUCAAAUGUGCGUUUCUUCAACCUUAGGAUUACAGUAAGACUUUUGCCAACAUCAGUGGUCAGCUUCAAAGCAGCAGACCCACCUGUUAAAGAAAAAAGACACUAUGCAUUGUAAACUGAAGGAUAAUGUAGCUUUAUAUGCCUCGUUUUUUAUUUUAACCAUUGUAUUUUAUUUUGUUGUUUCGUUAUUAUUUUGGUUUGAACUUGCCUUAGCCUGUGAGUGAAGUAAACCACAUUGAGACUAGGACUGGAUGCAGCCGCACUCACUCACAUAAACAGCAACCAGCUUUUCUUUCCCAAACUGUUUUUUUUUUUUGGUCUAAAGUGCCUUUCUAAUGCUAAUUUAUAUUCAUUUUUAGAUUUACUUUUCCUCUUCACUACUAUCAUUUUGUGUCAUAUUUUGAUGUAUUUCACAAUAUAUUGACUCCAUGUGGCAUUACACCCUCCUUUGAUCUCAUUGUAUGUGUAUGAGUGUUUUAAUUGUUGUAUCUGGAUAUACAGUGGGCUCCAAACAUCUGACACCACACUGAAAAUUUGGGAUUUAGAAUCUAUUUGAACCCUUUUAAGAUUCUGAUGCUUGAAACAAUUGUUUUUGACAUAUUUAUGCAACUCAAGUGCUGAUGUCAUUGAAGCAAAAAUAGGACGUAGCAUUUUUUUUUUCAUUACCAAAAGUAUUUGUCAUAGAAAAAUAGCAUCUUUUUUUAUAUAUAUAUA